AUGCGCGGCGCAGGCGGAACGGUGAAUGGUGGCGGUGGUGCAAUUGAUCCUAGAACCCUGCAUUUGAAGAAAGAACUGACGCAAAUUCGGAAGGCGGCCCGCGUGUUAAGGGACCCCGGGACCACCUCCUCAUGGCGGUCCCCACAUAAUUCAGCGAGAUCCCUUGCCAAGAACCACCAUUUUCACCAUCACAACAAUGGCGGCCGCCACUCAAUUGAUGACAAUGUCAUUCGUUCAUCCUCUCAACAACUGUUUCAACUCCCUCUGCAAGUUGAAAAUGGUAAUAAUUGUAUUGAUAGCAGUAGUGCCAACAAUAAUGGCAAUGUGAAUGUCGUAAAAAAAGAGAGAAAAGUAUUUCUGUAUAAUUGGAGGAUUCAAAAAUCUGAAAGCGAAAGAAGUAGGCAGAUUGGUGAGGAUGAUGUUGAGAAUGCUAAGGAUGGCAGGUCAUCUUCGACAGCGGAGGAGGAGAGUAUGGAUGUUGAUAGCUCGAUUGAUGCGCAUAAUGGCGGUGCAAAUGAUUCCAAGAGCGACAAUUGUUUGAGUGACAGAUAUGCUCCCGCGACUUUUAAGUGCAAAGGUACCAAUUCCAGGCCUUCUAUUAGGCGCAAAAAUAAGAAAUCGAAUAGAAGUAAUUAUUCUAGAGCCAGUUUAAGGCAUCAUAAUGAAAACUUGAAGAAACAAAACUUAUCGAGUAGAGAUGCAAAAUAUGUAGUGGAGGGUAUGUCUGAUUUGGGUUUAGGAAGGGAUCAUUUGGCAAGUUUGGUGGAUCAGUCUGAUGAUACUGAAGAUUUUCAUAAUUCUGAUGGUUUAAGGAGGAAGUCUGCCAUAUCACCAUUGCUUGUUAGGCUUCAGAAUAAGGAUUGGGUUCAUUCACCAUCCAAGUUGUUGAAGAGUCGAAGAAAAGAUGAUGAUUCUAUUUCACACACUACACCUGCAUUUAAUAAAUAUGGUGUUAGGAAUCCGAGUACCAUUGAGUCUUGGGAUGCUACCACGGCAUCUUUCAAUGAUGCAGAUGAUGAGGUGGAUGACCACUUGGAUUUGUCAGGGAGACCGGGCUGUGGGAUUCCUUGUUAUUGGUCAAAAACGUCGAUGCCAAAAUUUAGAGGGAAUGGCAGUGGUUCGCCAUCUAUUUCGGAUACUUUAAGGAGGAAAGGAAGCAGCAUUUUUUGCGGAAGUCAAUCCUUGUCUCAAAGAAGACAUCAUCGGUCAUCUUUGGGGUCCAAUAAGAGGAGACCGAGUUCAAGGUCUGCAGCUAAAGGUCUUGCUCCUUUGCUUAGCGCUGACAGCCUAGGAGAAUCAUCUAUGGGAAGUGAGAAUAGUAAUAAUGAGCUUACCACAAAUUUUGGAGAGCUUGAUUUGGAGGCGAUGAGUCGGUUGGAUGGAAGGAGGUGGUCUACAAGCUGUAGGAGUCAAGAAGGGUUAGCUCAAGUAGCUCUGCACGAGGAAAUGCUUGAGGAAAGUUCUCCGGAAAAUAUCAAAAGCCUUAGCCAGAAAUAUAGGCCAAUGUUUUUCGAGGAAUUGCUUGGGCAGAAUAUGGUUGUUCAGUCACUCAUGAGUGUGAUUUCAAAAGGGAUGGUUGCCCCUGUUUAUCUUUUCCAAGGUCACCGUGGGACUGGAAAAACAUCGACUGCAAGAAUUUUUGCUGCUGCUUUGAAUUGCCUUGCUACUGAAGAGACUAAGCCCUGUGGUGUCUGUAGGGAGUGUGCUGAUUUCAUAUCUGGCAAGAGCAAGGAUCUCAAAGAAGUUGAUGUAUCUAAUAAAAAGGGAAUUGAUAGAGUCAAAAAUCUCUUUAGAAAUCUAUCACGGGUUUCCUCAUCACCCAUUUUGCAGUAUAAGAUUGCCACUGAUGAGAACUUAGAUGUUGAUGAUAAUGCAUUAGAUUUGAUUGCUUCGAAUGCAGAUGGUUCGCUGCGAGAUGCAGAAACAAUGUUAGACCAGUUAAGUUUGUUGGGAAAAAGAGUCACUACUUCCUUGGUAAAUGAACUUAUUGGCGUUGUUUCUGAUGAGAAACUACUGGUCCUACUGGAGUUGGCCAUGUCAUCAAACAGCACAGAGACAGUGAUACAAGCCAGAGAAUUGAUGGAUUCAGGGGUUGAUCCAAUAGUUCUAAUGUCUCAAUUGGCAGCCCUUAUUGUAGAUAUUAUUGCCGGAACUUACCCGAACAUUGAUGCCAAGCUCAAUAAUUCAUUCUUUGGUGGAAGCAGUUUGUCUGAAAGAGAAUUAGGUAAGUUGAAGCAUGCACUGAUGCUUCUUUCCGAGGCAGAAAAACAUCUGAGAGUUUCUAGUGAGCAGUCAACAUGGUUCACGGCAACCCUUUUACAGUUAGGUUCUGUCCCUUCACCAGAUCAAACUCAGCCAAGAAGUAGUCAAAGACAGAGCUUCAAGACAAAUGAGGAGCAUCACAUACAUACAUUCAGAGAAGUUACUGCCCAGAAACAGAGAUCUGAUGCUGCCAAUGUCAAUCCCGAUCACAGCCAAUCAAUCAAUGAUGACGCGUUGGCCAUCAGACAUAAUGACUUCAUGAGUGGGAAAAUUAAAUCACGUUACAUGAACUCAAACACGUUGAUUAAUAUUUGGGUGCAAUGCAUUGAGAAGUGCCAUUCAAGAACUUUAAGGAACCUGCUUCAUACUUAUGGAAAGCUCGUGUCGAUAUCUGAAGUUCAAGGUGGUUUUGUUACUUAUAUUGCAUUUGCAGAUGGUAAUAUUAAAACCAGAGCAGAAGGGUAUCUUAGUAGUAUCACGAACUCGUUUGAAAUUGUUCUACGAAGCAAUGUGGGAGUUAAAAUUAUUCUGUUACCCGAUUCUUUCUGUCAGAAGCAGAUGGACCCUAUCAUUUCCAUGAAGCGGGAGAACAAUUCAAUCUGGUCAAGUGCAGUAGGAGCCAAUUCGAACCUUGAUACACGUCAGCAGCCAUCAAAGGUAUUAAGGGGAAGCUUUAACAAGUCCGAAGGACAUCAAAUGGAACUCUCUGAGUUUGGAACUGGGAAUGAUCAGGUGCAGAGAAUUGAAUCCAUUAUCCGCGAGCAGAGAUUGGAAACUGCACGGUUGCAGGCCAUGGAGAAAGGUGCUCAUGCAUCAAUGAAUCAUUUGAAACCCGAAAGGAAUCAAAUCCUGCCCCAGGAUGUCUCAUGUCAUCAAAAUAACAUGGAUUCAUCAACUUCCAAAGACUUGCCCUUGCAGCAUUGGGAAGACAAGUUAAAUCGUGAAAUCAAAGCUUUAAAGAUUAAUGAAGGAACUGAAUCCCAAAUGAACGAUGUUGUUAAGAGGAUCAGUCCCUACCCAAUCUCUCCAAGCUUGCUGCACAAUAGCAGCUUUGCGCCGACUUUCAGCAGAGAUAACAUGGGAUAUGAAUCCAGCUCGGGACUUGGCUGUUGCAGUCAGCUUUCGUGUUGGAAUAGAAGCAGACCUUGCAGAAGGGAAAAGGCUAAACAACGCACCCCAACGCACCAGCGCAAAAGUGGACGAUUUUCAUGGAGGAUUCAGGAUGAUGAUGAUGCAAGGGCCCCAAUUCAGCAGUUGGCCGUGGUGGUGGAAAUGACGAAGAAAUGGCCGCCGCCGCCGCCGCCACCAUUAUGUGGCUGUUGUGCCUCUUUUUGA